AUUGGGGAGGUUGCCAACUCUAGGGCAUUGUGAAUAACGCUGGAUACUCAUGUCCAAGUCCCACACACGAAAGUGAGUAAGAGGAAGGACGUGCUAACGUGAUGCAAAGAGAAAUUCCACCAACUUCCAGAUACCGUCAUGGGCCACUACCCUGCCAGGCUCUGCUUAAAUGUUCGCCUCCCAGGGCUUCGGAAGCUUCCAGAAGAAGCAGUCCCUGGCUCUGCUCUCCAAGCAGCAGAAGAUGAGUGACUGCGAGUUUGCCUAUGUGCACACACUGGCUCAGGACUAUCUGCUGUACAUCCUGAAGACGCCGCAGCCUGGACUGGGACCGAGCAAGACGUCCAGGGUGCUGCAGAACGUCACCUUCUCCAUCCAGCAAGAAGUGGAAGAGGCCCUGCAACCGUACCUGCACAAUGUGCCUGUCGCGUCCGUCGAGACUGCCAGGACGAUUUUCAACCAAGUGAUGGAAAAAGAGUUUGAGGAUGGUGUCAUCAACUGGGGCAGGAUUGUGACCAUAUUCGCAUUCGAAGGGGUCCUGGCCAAGAAGCUCCUCCGGGAGCAGGCUGCUCCGGAUGUGGACACUUUCAAGCCCAUCCCUUAUUUUGUGGCUGAGUUCAUAACGAGGAGGACGGGAGAAUGGAUAAGGCAAAACGGAGGCUGGGAAAAUGGAUUUGUAAAGAAGUUUGAACAUAAUUCUGGUUGGAAGAUUUUUCUGGAAGUUACCAAACAGAUCUGUGUGAUACUGUCGUUGCUGAAGAAGUACUGCUGACCCAAAGGGACACUCCGUGUUUUAACACCUGUCCGAUCUCUCGGACUCUUGUGAGAACUCUUGCGGAGCUGGCACUGUGGUGUAGAGGGUUAAGCCUCCACCUGCAGCGCCAGCAUCCUGUAUGGGCACUGGUUUGAGUCCCGGCUGUUCCACUUCGAAUCCAGCUCCCUGCUAAUGGCCUGGGAUAAGCAGUGGAAGAUGGCCCAAGUGUUUGGAUCCCUGCACCCAUGUGGGAGACCAGGAUGACCCAACUGGCUCCUGGCUUUGGUCUGGCCCAGCCCUAGCCAUUGAGGCCAUCUGGGGAGUGAACAAGCAGAUGGAAAAUUUCUCUCUCUCUCUCCUUCUCUCUAUGUAUCUCUGCCUUUCAA